GGUGAGGGAACUCCGAAUCAGCGAUCGAUUCCUGGCGACCAGUGACCGAUUCGACUUUGUUGGUGACCGAUUCCUAUUUGUCGGUGACCGAUUCCUGGUGUGAAUCGGCGUUCUGGUGACCGAUUCGUGGUGUCCGAUUCGGACGCCGCCAUAUGGUGCAGAAUGAGAUCCCCUGUCUGCCCCCAAUCACAUUGGCGGUUCGUGCUAAAGUUUUUCUUCCUGCGAGAUCAAACAGUUGUCUUCGGCUGUCUAAAUAUGCUGUGGUUAGUUUAGAAUGUUCAGAAUGAGCUUCCAAGGUAAGUUAGUUCAGUUCUUCGACCAGCUGUCGGAAAACUUUCCGAGACCUCGGAAGGAAAGAACUGGGAUUGAGGACCUGAACCAAUCCAAAUAUAGCACAAAGCACGAAACAAAACAUGAACUAAAUCUAAAGAAAAGUUGGCCAAUACCUCGGUGCCUUUACAGUGAAUGGUAUUGAAGUCGAACAUGCUCACACUAGGACGAGGAGGUUCACUCACAGGUGGAACAUUUUUGAAGAGAAGUGCCAGAAAGGCAUUUCUGGCAGCCGGACCGAUCCCUGAUAGAUUCUGAUAGAUCCAGCUCCAGAAUGCACACGCUAAGAUGUACGGUUUUCAUCGAUGCAAAAUGAAUCUGAUUGUUAUUGUGGAACAUCCCGGACCAAAAUGUAAAACACUCAAGAUUGUGCUAAUCCUGAGCCGGAAGGCAGGUGGUUGUUCAAGUUUGAGUUUUUGGUUUGGUUCCUUUUGUACAGUGACAGUAAAUGUUUUGCGCGGGGGGUCGGGUUCCAUGAGUUAUAGUUUGAAAACCUUCAGCUCAUUGAGAGCUUGAAGGAUGGGGCCAAGCAGUUGGACAUGUUCGGCCCAGCUGCGUGGUCCCCAGACAGUUUGCAGAUAUGUAUAGCAGUAUGCGCCGUUUAGAACAAUAUGUUUGUUGCAAUGGGAUCAGGCAAUAGGGUCAAGCUGGCCAAGCGUUGAAACUUUGAGUUGUUGAGUCACGAAGGCGGUGGAGGUCAUGCCUCGAAUGAAGCGGAUUUGUUCAUAUUUGUCCUUGUUCUUGGGAUGUCACGUGGGGCCAACUAAGCAGCUGGGCAGCUUGCAAGACCUCCUCGUUGACAUUUUACUGCUAUCCCAUCACCCUGAAAGCCAAUUUUCUUGCUGCAUUGCAACCAGGACCAAUGGCGAAUCAUCUCCGAAGGGCCCGCAAGUGAGAAUAUGGAUCCCACAUACAUUAUUCAGACCCGCGCCAAGAGGAGUCGGGAGCUUGCCGACACAGUCUCGGUGAUGUUCGCGCAGAGAAGGGAGCAAGCCAACGAGUCAGUCCAAGCCAAGGCCGCCGCCAAGCCUCUUUUUAAUCCCGCUCUUGCCGACACAGUGCAGGCCUUCUUCACUCGUGUGGUGGGCUGCGAAGUGCCCGACACGCAGAGGCGAACUGGUGGCUUCGGCGUUCAACACGUGCUCGAAGAAGACAGGUCCAAGUUGGUUGGCACGGUCAAAGGAAUUGAUGGUGUUGUUGAGAUCCUCAAGACCAAGUAUGAUUGCUUGAAGGGUGAGCGCUAUCGUGUGGUGGGCGAUCGCGGCGGCCCUGCGGGCAUGUGGCGCUUGGAUGGUGGGAAGACUAUCCCCAAGACACAUGUCAAGGAAGGCGGCUGGAAAUGGGUUUUAGAGGAGCCGGAACCAGAGGCAAAACUGGCAAAGCCACCGCCUGUGGCCACAGCUCCGGUGCAGACCUUCAUGCCGAAGGAGCACAGAAAAGCAGCAAAAGAAGCGAAGGGCCCAAGUUCUGAAAGCGCUGAAAGCGAUGACCGAGCCCCCAAGAAGAAGGGGGUGAUGAAGCGAAAAGUGAAGAAGGAGAGUGAGGUUGGCAAAAAAGGGAUAAAGAAGCCUGCACACAAGUCAAAAAGAACUGCUGCAGGAAGUGAAAACCUCCACUCUGGCAAGCGGCGGCGCAUCAAAGAGGACACUGAUGACUCUAGGGCGAGACCGUGCAGAGGGAGCAGGAGCGACAGCAGCACAGCAGCGGCAAACCAACACGGCGAUCACACAGGCAGCCAGCGCGCCAGAAGAAACUCCAAGAGCGAUCGCUCUCAGGAGGACAGCCGGGAUAAGGAUAGCUGCGACGAAGACAGCCGGGACGGGGGCAGCCAGAUGUCCAGUCGCAGAGGUCGACCAAGACCUCGCUCCAGAGCGCGACGCUAACCGGAAAACGAAGAUGAGAAUUUGCACCAUGCAUGCCAACAUGAUCCUCACGCUUGGCAGCGUGAUCCUCCCUAGCUUGAUGUGGCUUUUAAAAUGAUAGAUGUUUACUUUGAUCCCCAGGGCAGGUUUCAGCCUGAAAAGCAGGCUGUGGGGAAACCUGUCAGGUCAAUGACAUUCAAAGACAUGACAGCGAAGACAGGAAAGCGAAGAGAAAAA